AUGCGGUUGGAGCACGUCAGGGACGCCAAGCACAGGCAUUUGGUCGUGAGAGGCAGGGGUCUGUCGGCCCUGCGUGGGAGUGGUGUGGGAUAUGUGGGCUGGGCCGGAGCCGACUGCAAUCUGGUGGUGGACGCUGGACUGUGGCCCAGCAGCCCUGGCACCCUCCCCCCGCCGCGCACCAGAUCGGUCCUUGUCGAAAGCAGCAGCACCCGCAGCAACACCCGCAGCAGCAACAACACCGCGCGUCGCCAUCGCUCGACCCUCGCCCGUUUCGCCGGUGCCGCCGCCUCCUCGUCCGCCGUCCCUGACCCCAGCCCCCGCGUCCGCCACCCCGCCCAGGCCAGAGCGCCCCAGUCCCGCGCCUCGGCCGCCAUCGCCUCGUCGACCGCCCGGCCCGCCGCAGCCUCCCCCGUCCCGGCCGCGCCUGUUGCCGCCACCGUGGUGCCGCCUGCGUACUUGCCCUCGCCGCUCUCGUCGGGCCCACCCGUCUCGUCGAGUCCACCACCUUCCAUCGCACUGUACCUGCCUUUCACACCGUCCUUUCUUGUCACUCGAUUGUUCUCGCUCUGCCGUGUCUCGUCGACUGGGUCGGUCCGUUGUCGCUCGACUGGCGGGGCCGCGCUGCACUGCAAGUUUGCGGGUGGACUGCACGCUAGGGUAGACGAGUCGUCAGGCAGGGCUGGCGCGAUAAGUUCACCAGACACUGUCGCUGCUGCUGCUGCUCGCUUCCUGCUGGCUCGCUGGCUGGGGUUGGUUUUGGUGGCCUGCUGCAUCCUGCCCAGCCUGCGAAUCACGAAUCACAAGCCUACCGGUUUCCACAGUGCUGGAUUGUCGCUUGACGGACGGCUUGCCUUGCGGGACGGAAGGAGUGCCCUCCAGCCGCCAGCGCCUUCUUCCCGCCUGUUUUGCCAGGGCUGCCUGCUGGGUCCCAGAACAGCAAGCACCACCACCACAAUCACCACCACCGCCAAAAAACCGGAGCUCGCAACCCACAACCCCAGUCACACCCAGCCUAUUCUGCCCAUGCUCGAUUAUUCAAUACCGCCCGCCGCCUUCGAGUUCCACGCAAACGCCACAACCAAGCCAACCCAGCCUGCCAGCCAGCCAGCCAGCCAGCCAGCCAGCCAGCCAGCCAGCCAGCCCGAAGCGAAUGCCGCGACACUGCCCAUCCUGACACAAUUCCUUCCUUCCUCCACCCACAAUCCUAACCAUCCAUCCACCCAGACUUUUUCUUCGUCGUCGUCGUCACCUGCGGCCGCGCCCUGCCGCGAGACAUGA